GGCACAUCAUAUCCGAAGAUGGUGUAAAGACGAACCCUGAUAAGACUGAGGCUAUCAGGAAUUGGCCUGUACCACGCAAUGCCAAGGACGUUAAGACAUUCCUCGGCGUGGCUGGCUACUACAGACGGUUCGUUGAAGGUUUUUCGAAGAUUGCCCGUCCGCUCAACGACCUUACGAUCGGAUUGUACACUAAGAAACGUGGCAAGAACGGCCGCCUAGUGAGACAAAAGGCACCAGAUUUUAAUUGGACACCAGAGUGCCAGGUUGCUUUUGAAACCAUGGUGGAUUUCUCGAAACGUCACCCUAACACCAAAGCUUUAGUAACUCAUGGCGGCAUGAAUGGUGUAUACGAAGCUAUAUAUCAUGCUGUUCCAAUUGUUGGAUUUCCUUUGUAUGGUGAUCAUUAUGAUACUUUCAGCAGAGUAUCUAGUAAAGGCAUGGCAGUUAUCCUAAAUAUUAGCACGCUGACAUCAGAUGAACUCUAUGAUGCUGUUAUUAAAGUUAUUAACACUCCCAGUUAUAACGAGAAUGCGAAAAAGAUAUCAGCUAUACACAAAGACAAACCCAUGUCAGCAAGUGACACUGUUGUAUUCUGGAUUGGAUUUGUCAUCAAACAUGACGGCCAACACCUCGGGGCUGAAGCUUUCAAUCUGAGUUUCAUCGAAUAUUUUCUGAUUGACAUUGCAGUCUUUCUAUUUGUG